AUGACGUCCGGCAAGCAGUCGUACCUCAUCGUCGGGGCUGGCGUGUUCGGAGUAUCCACUGCCUAUCACCUUAUCAAGAAGUACCCUGGAGCAUCGGUGACGCUGGUUGACCGGGACGCCUAUGAUGCAGAGAGCCGGGUAGCUGCCUCGUGGGACUGGAACAAGGUGGUGCGCGCCGACUACGACGACAUAGUCUACUGUCGACUGGCUCUCGAGGCACAAGACAUCUUCGAGACGGAUCCGCUGUGGCAGCCGUAUUUCCAUAAGACGGGCAUCUUCUGGACGUGUCGCAGCAACUAUGCACAGGAAGUUAUCGACAACUACAAGAAACUCGGUCGGGCUGCCGAUCUUCGAGCCGUGUCCGUUGACGAGGCCCGGAAACUGUAUGGAGGCUUGUUCGAGGACGCUGACUACAACGGUGUCCAGGAGGUGCUGGUAAACAAGACCAGUGGCUGGGCUGCUGCAGGAGAUGCCUUGCGAGCUGUCACCCGCAAAGCUAUCGAACUCGGUGUGAAGUAUGUAACGGCCGAAGUGACGAGCUUGCAGCUGGACAAUGGAGGUCGUUGUCGUGGUAUUAAGACGUCGAGAGGACAGACCUUGACAGCCUCGCACGUUAUCAUUUGCACAGGCGCAUAUACGCCGAAGCUGCUGGAGCUGAGCGCGGCAGACACCGGCCUCAAGGAUCUUCGCACCGAAGGCAGGAUUGUCGCCGGCGGCAUCACCACGGGGAUGACGAAACUCGAUGACGAGUCCUAUAAGAGGUUUGCAGACAUGCCCGUGGGAGUCCAAGGGUACACUGCACAGAUCGGUCCAUUUAUCGGUAGUCUCCCGCCAACCCCGGACAGAGAAAUCAAGUGGUGGGGACAGACCAUCUUCAAAAACACCCACGAAGUGCUUCCCGGACGCCAGGUUUCCGCGCCGCCCGCACAACCAGACUACGCUCAGUGGAACGUGUCCCGAAAACUAAAGGAAGACAUCGACUACGCGAACAAGGUGUUUUACGGCAAGAACGGCGCCAACUGGACGCUGGAGAAGCAUCGUAUCUGCUGGGACGCCUUUACCACGAGCUCCGACUUCAUCAUCUCGCCACACCCGGCGGCGAGGGGCCUGUACCUCGCGACCUGCGGCUCCUUCCACGGCUACAAGUUCUUCCCCGUGCUGGGCAAGUACGUCGUCGAGAUGCUCGAGGGGUCCCUGUCGCCGGAGCUGGUCGAGAAAUGGGCCUGGGACCGCGAGCGGCCGGACCCGUCCCUCAACCCGGACUACCCGCGGUGGGAGAUGAAGGAUUUCUUGGACCCGGUCAGGACUUCGAAGCUGUAA